AUGUCGACUCUCGAGGAGCUCGAUGAUCUCGAUCGCCGAGACAAGGAGGAAAAGAAGAGAGAUGGCGACGACAAGAACCAGAAGAAGCCUACCGAUGGCGAUGCUAAUAUGAAGGAUGCCGAGGAGGAGGAAGAGGACGAUGACAUUCUUGACGAAGAGAUUCUCGGAUUGAGCACACAAGAUAUCCAAACCCGCAGGCGUCUACUCGAGAACGACUCUCGAAUUAUGAAGAGCGAGCUAUCUCGAUUAUCACACGAAAAGGCUGCCAUGGGCGAAAAGAUCAAAGAGAAUUUGGACAAGAUCGCCAACAACAGACAACUUCCGUAUCUCGUCGGCAAUGUUGUUGAGCUCCUCGACCUCGAUCCCACGGCCGAAUCGUUAGAAGAGGGCGCCAACAUUGACCUGGAUGCCACCCGUGUGGGAAAGUCGGCUGUUAUCAAAACUUCUACCCGCCAAACGAUCUUCCUCCCUUUGAUCGGUCUCGUGGACGCCGACAAGCUAAAGCCUGCUGAUCUCAUUGGAGUUAACAAAGACUCAUACCUUAUCCUCGACACACUUCCUGCCGAGUAUGACAGCCGUGUCAAGGCCAUGGAGGUAGAUGAGAAGCCCACAGAGCAAUACACCGAUGUUGGUGGAUUGGACAAGCAGAUCGAAGAGCUAGUCGAAGCCAUUGUAUGGCCCAUGAAAGAGGCCGAACGAUUUAAGAAGAUCGGCAUCAAAGCUCCCAAAGGUGCAUUGAUGUAUGGCCCACCCGGUACCGGCAAGACUCUACUAGCACGAGCUUGUGCAGCGCAGACAGAUGCCACAUUCUUAAAGCUGGCAGGCCCUCAACUGGUUCAGAUGUUCAUCGGUGACGGUGCCAAGCUAGUCCGGGACUGCUUUGCGUUGGCCAAAGAGAAGGCUCCCGCCAUUAUCUUUAUCGACGAAUUGGAUGCAGUCGGUACCAAGCGUUUUGACAGCGAGAAAAGCGGUGAUCGUGAGGUGCAGCGAACCAUGUUGGAGCUGCUGAACCAACUGGACGGAUUUGCAUCUGACGACCGAAUCAAGGUGUUGGCCGCAACGAACCGUGUUGAUGUCCUUGACCCUGCUUUACUCCGUUCUGGUCGACUCGAUCGCAAGAUCGAAUUUCCCCUGCCUAAUGAAGAGGCUCGUGCCCAGAUCCUUAAGAUUCAUUCCCGCAAGAUGAAGGUCGACCCUGGUGUCAACUGGGGCGAACUGGCUCGAAGUACAGACGAGUUUGGUGGAGCUAUGCUGAAGGCAGUAUGUGUGGAGGCUGGUAUGAUUGCUUUGCGGUCGGGCAAGAACAAGAUUGGCCAUGAGCAUUAUGUCGAUGCCAUUGCGGAGGUGCAGGCCAAGAAGAAGGAUACGGUCAACUUCUACGCUUAA